GAUACGUAAUCAAAACAACUUGUCAGACACGAUUGACGGGCGAAGACGCAAACAAUAAUAAAGAGUAAAAUUUACACAAACCUUACCGGCCCAAAAGCGAUAACGAAAAAAGGGCUCCGCAUGGCGUGGAAAGGGAGAGUGUAAAGAAGGAAAAAAACUAUCGAUCGUUUCUGUGGUCGGGUAACGUGUGUUUUCGGUGCAUACACAAAUCCGGUACAAUUUACUGCGGAAACAGUUGUUGGCUCAUCGGUGCAGUCACGUUUUUUGCACGAAAGUGAAGUGGUAGCACGCGCUGAGUUAAUAAAAGCUGUUGAUAGUUUUUUUCCGGUGUGAUUGGACUAUCUAGCAAUCUAUUUUCGGUUGCUUUUUGAUUGCUUGCUAUCGUGAGGUCUUGUCGCAGAGCGGUAUGUCUCUGUCUACGCUGUACAAUCGUGCCCUCGUGCGUUAUCCCGUGUUGGUGCAGUCGGUCCAAUCGGGACUACUGAUGGGAGCCGGCGAUGUGAUUGCGCAAGGAUUCAUCGAACGAAAAGAUUGGAAGUCUUUCGACGCUUUGCGAGCCUUUAAAUUCUUUGGAAUAGGAUUUUGCGUCGGUGGGCCAGGAUUACGGAAAUGGUACGGUGUGCUGGAUCGACACAUUGGCAACAAGGGUGGCAGUAAAGCGAUCACGACGCUGAAAAAAGUCGCACUAGAUCAGCUCAUCUUUGCACCUGUCUUUCUUGGCACCCUGAUCGGAACGAUUGGUUUGCUGCAAGGACACAACAUGGGCGAAAUUAAGCACAAAUUGCGCCACGAGUAUGGAGAUAUUCUGCUGACGAACUACUACAUCUGGCCGUGGGUGCAGCUGGCAAACUUCUAUCUAGUCCCACUCAACUACCAGGUGCUGCUUGUACAGUCGGUGGCAGUGUUCUGGAAUACGUACCUUUCCUGGAAGACAAACCAAAACGAAGUUACACCUGGUAAACAUGGCACCGUGAAACCAAUCGCCCACGACCCACUUGCCACCGGGGAGGAAACUGUUGCCACGUAAGAUCGAUACGAUGGUGAAGAGUGUGCGCGGUACGUGUGACAUCAGGAACGGCCGCAUGAACUUUGUGAUACUAGUGGAUAUGUACCGGUGAGUGGCAUUCGGUAGCAAUAGGGAAACUCUAUUGCGAUUGGGAAAUGAAACAGUAAGAACGUGAUUGUUAAGAAAAUGGGAAUAUGUUACAGACAUUAAAUUGUUGAUAAAUGUGACAUAGGAAUAAGAAACAUAGACAUUUAUAUAGUUCUUCCCUUGAGAGCUUAUGCACAUUUAAAUGCAACAGAUAGCCAUGUCCUAAUCGUUUUAAAAAUCAGUUACCACAACUUUAACAAUAUAUGGUUGGUAGCCAUUAAGAUACGUUUAUUACGUUGGGAAAAAAGAAAACAAUUAAAAAUUGCCAUAUACUCUAGAGGUAACACUAUGUCGAGUCAAACAGUGGUAAAACAUAUUUCCUUUUAAAAUUGCACAGCUAAAAACAUCAUAACAAACACUUUAAUUAGCAAAGCUAUUCAUAGGCAUUCUUAUCUUCUCGAUGCCAUUAUAGGGCAAUGGGUUUAACUUUUGUUUGGCUAUUUUUACUGCUAAAUCGCACCAAUUUAGCAACGCAAUGACACCAAUCCAAUACCAGAUAAAUAUAAAUUUAACAACAGAAAAAGCUUCCAUCAAAUACUAAAAGCAGGCAUCGGUAUUCAGCUAGAGUUUAGGGACAAAUAUUUAGACAAAUCCAGUUUGAGCUCGUAGAAAACAUCGCCAGCAAACAAUUCAAAAGUUCCUUUUCGUUUCAAUUAUAUAGCACGAAAAAAGCUAUAGACAUAAUUAACAAAUAAAUCGGUCUUUCACAUCCGACUAGCAA